AUGGAAGCAAUCAUGGACGACCCUGAUUUCCUCGACUUCUCCGAUCACAGCAUCAUCACCACUCCUUCCUCCGACGAAGACUGGACCAACCUCUGGUCCCCCCUCGUCGAUUGGGAAUCCUUCGCCGCCGGCCCAGACGAUUUUCAAACCCUCAUUGACUCCAUCAUCCAUGAAGACGACGACGUCGUUUUGACCCCAGAUCAAGUUAGCGCCCAAGAGUCCGACUUAAGCGCCAACGACGAGAAGGGCCUCCGCCUGGUGCACCUCCUCAUGGCGGCGGCGGAGGCCCUCACCACCGGCACCGAGAGCCACCACCUGGCUCGAGCGAUAUUGGUUCGGCUCAACGAGUUGGUGUCCCCCACCCACGGCACCAACAUCGAAAGACUCGCGGCACAUUUUAGUAGCGCCCUCCAAAACCUGCUAGACAGCGCCGCGACUGCGCAUACCAUAACCACCGACACCCCCAACCUCACGGACACGCUCACCGCGUUCCACCUUCUCCAGGACAUGUCCCCUUACGUCAAGUUCGCGCACUUCACCGCCAACCAGGCCAUCUUAGAGGCCGUGGCCCACGAAAAGCGGGUCCACAUCGUCGACUUCGACGUCACCGAAGGGGCCCAAUGGGCCUCCCUAAUCCAGUCCCUCUCUUCAAGAAGCACCGGCCCACCAGGCCCUCACCUCCGCAUCACCGCAUUGUCCAGAGGCGCCUCUGGACGGAGAUCCAUCCCCACCGUUCAGGAAACCGGACGGAGGCUAACCGCUUUCGCCGCUUCCGUGGGGCAACCGUUUUCGUUUCACCAGUGUCGGUUGGACCCUGACGAAACGUUUCGACCUUCGUCUCUGAAACUGGUUCGUGGCGAGGCCUUGGUGUUUAACUGCAUGCUGCAUUUGCCGCACCUGAGCUUCCGUGCCUCAGGUUCGGUUGCUUCAUUUUUGAAAGGAGCGAAGGAGUUGAACCCGAGGGUGGUGAUGGUGGUAGAGGAAGAGGUGGCGCGCAGUGGAGAUGCGGGCUUUGUGGGCCUUUUUAUGGAUUCGCUGCACCACUACUCGGCGGUGUUUGAUUCGCUUGAGGUUGGGUUUCCCAUGCAUAGAUGGGCCCGGGCCUUGGUAGAGCGCGUGUUGUUGGGCCCAAGAAUAGGAAGUUGCGUGGAGCGAAUGUACCGGAGUGGAGGAGAGGAGAGAGGGUCGUGGGAGGAGUGGUUGGGUGCGGCGGGAUUCAGGGGAGUUCCCGUAAGCUUCGCUAAUCAUUGCCAAGCGAAUCUGUUACUAGGAUUGUUUAACGAUGGGUAUAGAGUGGAGGAGUUGGGGAACAAUAAAUUGGUGUUGGGUUGGAAAUCACGCCGUUUGCUUUCAGCCUCUGUUUGGACUUCAAACUCUUGA